AUGCCAAUGCUGAUCAAUCCCGAUGGAAUCCUACAGACCCUGCCUGGUUGUGGCGCCAUCAAAUUUUGUGGCGAGGCCAUUCUCACUUGUCAGAAGACUUCCGAAGAUUGGCUGGUGGAUUACCUUAACAAUGUUUAUUUCAACGACCACGAGACAGCAGGCGACAUCCUUUUCCCCUCGUACCCGGUCACCACCGAUGCCAACGGUGAUACGGACAUGGUCCUGAAGUUCUCCCCCGCCAUCCUAACCCACUGUUUCUAUUUCCUUCCUAUCCUUACGGACGGCACAAAGAACUGUAUACAGAUUACUUCAAAAUUUGAUUUUAAGAUGCUCGUCGGAGCUGUCAGCCCGUUGAAAACUACGGUGACCGGAACCGCGAGACUCUUUUUGGAGCAAAGGGCAGGAGGCUUUGCGAAGGAAAAGGGUCCACGUAUUUUGGACUAUCUUGAACUGGCGACAGCGAAAAAAGAUGUGCAUGUGUUGGAGGAUCAUGAUGUCGUAUCGCAGCAUAUUGAUAUGAGCUGUAUUGCAAAGAGUUCGCUGGAUAUCAUGGAAAAAGAGGGAGUAAAUGUUGCCGACCGCCCACGUUCUGUUGCAGUGCACGAGACGUUGUCUGAGGGGUUCAGAGUGAUCCUUGAGGGCGAUACUGAGAGAUGGCACCGGAUGCGCAGGGUCUUGCAUGCAAACUUGCAACCUAAGGCUGCAGAGACCUAUGAGCCCAUGCAGACCAGUUAUUCAGCUUCCCUGACCCUGUCCGUCACCUACGGAAAAAUUACUCCGACUUCAUAUACAGAUCCUGCAGUCGUUGACAUACAGAGGUUUUCUGCGCGUCUUGGUCGAGCUGUGAGGCCGGGAGAAUAUCUUGUGGAUGCGUAUCCAAUCCUGCGGUUCGUACCAGGCUACCUGAGUCAGCUGAAGGCAUGGAACAGAGAAGAAAUGGUUUUCUAUCAGGAGCAUUUAGACGAAGUGCGAAGACAGAUGAUAUGCUCGCUCACCGCUGUGAAGCGUGAGGGGACUGCAAGGCCAUCCUUUGCGAGGUUCAUGUUAGAGAACCAGAAACAGUACCAGAUCGAGGAUAGGGAACUGGCAUUCCUCGCAGGAGUGAUAUUUGGGGCCGGCACUGAUGCGACUACGUCCGCAAUGACAAUUAUGAUGAUGGCUGCUGCCACUCAUACAGAUGCGCAGGCUCGCGUACAAGAGGAACUCGAUGAUGUCGUGGGGCAUAUGCGGCAUAGCUCCUUAUUAGUGCCAACGUUUGCCGAUCAGGAAAUGCUGCUGCAGGUUACCGCGUUCAUACUCAAGAGUCUCAGGUGGAGACCUGUCAGUUUUGGAGGCUUCCCGCAUCGCACGAGUAAGGACAUCAUUUGGAAGAACUACCUCAUUCCUGCAGGUGCGACUGUUAUUGGCAACCAUUGGGCUAUCGCAAACGAUCCUGAAGUCUUCCCUGAUCCAUACAGGUUUAAUCCUCAGUGUUGGAUUGACGAUACAGGUCGUGUGCGCGAUGAUCUCCGGUUUUUCACUUUUGGCUUUGGCUGUCGAUUUCGACAGGCACUAUGCGACCCAGAACCGGUUAAUUUCACUGGUACCAUCACCCGUUAG